AUGCCUCCUGUUAGAACGGCAUCGUCAGGAACCCUGGGUUCUUUGUCUUCUCGUACUCCGAGCGGUCCUAUUGGGGUUGCAUCUCUUGCCAUGAAUACCAGGGCUGUCCAUGGUGACUCUCUUUACUACGUCUGCCUAACUCUUAUGAAAAGGCUUUCUGCCGUUCCUGGAAUGUUACCCUAUAUUGAAUUGGCCUAUACUCGGGCGGAAGAGAAUGCUGAAAAGCAGGCCAUUGCAUUGAGUACUAUCAACAACAACAACAACAACAGCAACAAUAAUAAUAAUAAUAAUAGCUCCAGUGCUUCCAUUGUGACGGCGAAUGGGAAUAUAGCACCUAUUGGUGGUGGAAUAGUAGUUCCUGGAACUUCUGGUUUUACCGCAGAUCGUAAAAGCAAGCUGUCAAUCGCUUCCUCUUCACGUGGCUCGGUAUCAUCAAGAAGUUCUGAGGCAUUCAUGGGCCAUUGGAACUCUACCCUGUUCACUUUUGCCGCGGGUAUUCUACCUGCACAGAUUAGUUACGACCCAGUUACUCCCAUUUGGAAUUUGUUUCAGCAAGGUGCACCACUCUGUCUUAUAUUCAACGCCAUCAGUCCCGAUAAUGCCAUCGAUGUCGUCUCUUCUGACGAUCUUAAAGUUUGCAAGAUGAGCGUAUAUCAAUUUUUAAGUGCUUGUAAGAUACAUCUCAAUAUCAGGGACGACGAAUUAUUCCCUAUAACGAACGUAUUUUCUGAUGAUAUAAGGAAUUUGGUCGAUGUCAUUCAUUCCGUCAAUUUUGUACUUGACCUGGAUCCGAAAUUUGAUGUGGCGCCAAUUGAGGAUCAGAUCACUAUUACGGACUCGAGGUCAAAGGUUGUCAAAGAGCUUGUGGAAACUGAGAGAAAAUAUGUUUACGAUUUGGAGACCUUGGCAAAAUAUAAAGAGGACCUCACGAGGAAGGAACUUAUCUCUUCCGAGAAUAUCAACAUGCUUUUCCCCAAUUUAAAUGAGAUCGUCGAUUUUCAAAGACGGUUGCUGGUUGGUUUGGAAUGUAAUGCAGUGGUUCCCGGUAAAUACCAGCGGAUUGGAUCCGUAUUUAUGCAUGCAGGCGUGCAAGGAUUCCAGAUAUAUGAGGCCUGGUCGCUUUUCCAGAAUUCAGCGGUGGAAUUUAUCAAUAAAGAAGCUGUCAGUCUGAGAAAAUCUUCUGAUUUGAUAGCAAAUCCUUACGAGCUUCAAAGUUUCCUCAUUAAGCCUGUUCAGCGGCUGUGCAAGUAUCCAUUACUUUUGAGGGAACUUCUUAAGUUGACUGAUCCUUCUUGGCCAAACUAUGCAGAAAUGCAAUCUGCCUAUUCAAUUACUCGUGAGGUUGCCGCAGGUAUUAAUGAAGCACAGAGGAAAUCGGAGAACACAAAAUUAAUGAAGGAGUUGCAGGAAUGCGUUGUGGAUUGGAAAGGUUAUAACCUAAAUGGAGUGGGCGAUCUACUUUUCUCUAACAUUGUCAUAGUUAAAGACUUGCUUAAUGAAGGGCAUGCCGGCGAGAAAGAGGUUCACUGCUAUCUUUUUGAAAAGGUCAUAUACUUCUUCAAAGAGUACAAAGAGAAGAACAAGUUAUUACUGUCCGGACGUAAGAAAUCAACUUCUUCUGUAUCUUCGAUGUCGUCCUCUUCAAGGCAUCGCAGUAAUGGUCAUACGUUACAGUUGUCGUUAAACGGCAUAGUUUACAUCAACAAAAUCUACAGAGUGACUACCUCUGAUACUUCGCCUUAUUUCCCAUCAGGGUCUAAUUCUCAGGGUCAUUUUCUCACUCUUCGUUGGCGUGGUAAUAGGGAUACAGGAGGAUGCGUCAUUCGGUUUAGAUCUGAGGAACAUAUGGGACAGUGGGAUACCGCAAUCAGGCAGCUCUCUGGAGCUGGAGAAGAUGACUUUUCUGUUCCAAUGGCACCAGGAAGUGCUGGUAGUGCGGUUUCUGCCGGAAAUAGAGGCCAUUGUAGUACUUCGAGUAUGUCUGAGCGAUUCAGAAGUGCGUCUAGUGUGUCUAAUGUAUCGGAUGCUUCUUCGUCGUUCAUGUUUGCUAAACCCAGAACUGCCAGCAGUUCCAGUGGAAGUUUUGCACUAUUUUCAGAAAAGAAGCUGCGAUCUGUGUCUUCACCAGCAGCUGCAUCGAUGUAUGCCCAACGUAACGGUGCUGGCAGUAUAUCUGAGAUGCCAACAGUGCCUGCAUACGAUGAAUUGAGCACGGAUUUCUCGAGCAUGACGAUCUCGCAGCGUCAGUUCACGCAGCAGGCACAAUACGAGAAUAGAACGCGGAUCAAGCUUAUAUUUGGUCCGAAAUCUGAGUGUGUUCACAUGUCAGUGAGCCCAGACAUUGACUACGUCGAUCUUGUAGAUAUAUUGGUGAACAAACUCAAUUAUGUGAUGGGAAUCAAUGCAAGAUACGAAACGUACAAUGCAGAUUCUGUGAAAUUAAAGUUCAAAGAUGAAGAUGGGGAUCUUAUCAGGUUUCAAAGCGACGAUGAUUGGGAAAUUGCUAAAGAGCUGCUGGAGGAGAUCGGAGAUGAAGAGGAUCGGAUACUGACAAUACGGCGAUUAGAGUGA